AUGCCUGAAAAGAAAUCAGUAGUGCAAAGAGUAAAGAAGACAUUGCGUCAACGGAAUCGCAGUUCCGAGAGUAAUAAUACAAAAAAGAAAACAUCAAAGGCAGAUGGAACAGAAGCGCCGUCGAAAAUUUCCAGACUGAAAGCGGCGUUCACAAAUAGAAAAAGGAAUCCGAAUACUCUAACUAAAUCUGUUUCGAAAGAAAACAACACGAGUAGAAGCAGUCAGUCUCGUGAGACGGAACCAAGAAGUCGAAUGAAUUCGAUUAUGAGUUCAAUUGACAUGGAAGAGGAUGCUGAACCGUUUGGACAAUCUACAACUGAUUUGUUGGCUGAAAUUAAAAAAGAAGAGCUGAAGGAGCAGAAGGAGCAGAAUGAAAGAAAAGAAAAAGAGAAGAAGGAUGAGAGGAAAGAAGACAAAAAAGAAGAGAAAAAGGAAAAAGAAGAGCGAAAAGAAGAUAAAAAAGAAGAUAAAAAAGAAGAGAAAAAAGAAGAAAAGAAAGAAGAGAAGAAAGAAGAAAAAAGAGAAGAACGAAAAGAAGAAACGAAAGAGGAGCAAACGAGAGACACGAAAGAUGACACUGUCCGAUAUGAUGACAAGGUUUCAGCACCGAAGGCUCCAACGAAACGAUCGAAAGUGUGGUUGGGAAUGCCCGCGGCACUCAACUUUUUCAGCAAUAAUAAGGAUAUCCAGAAAAUCCGAUCGGAGUAUGAGUUUUUGGACUCUCUCGUCUGCAACAAGACCACAGAAGCAUUCGAUGCGAACACUGUCAGAAAUCGUCAAGGGUCUCCAAAAAUAUAUGACGACAACCGAAUCAAGCUGAAUCGUCCUGGGCACGAUGAUGUCAAUUACAUCAAUGCCAGUCUCAUUACUAUGAAAGACUUCGAUAGCAAGCUCAUCGUCGCCCAACUUCCGCAAUUCGAACACGAAAGUUUCGUUGAAGACUUCUGGCACAUGAUCUAUCAAGAACAGAUCACUCUCGUGUACCUGAUGGUCCCGGAUAAAGCACUGAAAAACACUCCCACUUCGUUGUUCAAAGAUGAGUCUGGAGAAUACCAAUAUGUUGGGAAAAUGUUUAUCAACAAUCGAAGAGCCGAAGUAUCCGGUGAUCCAAAGGAAUAUACGAUUGAAAUCUUACCAGAAGGAAACUCGGACUCAGUUAUGUGUCAAGUACACCAUCAUGCUUUAUGGGAACACUUGCAACAAGCACCAAAGACUAGACCAAUCAUCAAAAUGAUUCAUCAAUUCCUCACAGAAAAACAGAUCCAAAACGCUGGAGUUUGCGUCGUCAGCCUAUUCGGAUGUGGCCGUGCUUGCAGUUUCAUUGGAGCUCUUUACGCAAUCAACCAGUUAAACAAUGGAAUUGAGCCCAAGAUUUGUGAUAUAAUGAGGGAUAUGAAACAGCAACGUCCCAGUGCCACAGAAUCCUUUGCUCAAUACGCUGGAAUUUACGCAGUGGUUCUCGAUUAUAUCUCGCGUAAACGUGGCAGCAAGAAGGACCCAAUCAACAAGGAUAUCAAUCGUUUCAUCGAUGAGCUGUGUGACAUUACACCAGCUUCUUCUCCGAACAAAUCAAAGCCAGUGUACUAA